UCAUGUUAAGUAGCGAAUAAACGCAAUUAGCUUUCAAUUUCGACAUUUCAUGAGAUGCCAGAUUGGAUCCUUCAAAAUUCAUCGAAAUAUGCAAAUGUGUACUGUUUAACCUUUUCAUCAUGUCCUCUUCAUUGACGGAAAGUCAAUCAGCAGAUAAGCCUCUUGGUUUAAGCGAGAGACAGUGUCCUCAGAGGACACCAAAAUCCCAGGUCCACCCGCGCCCUCCGUCAGCCACUGGUGGUCGAAGUAGAAUCCCUACAAAUGUUCAUCGGAAUUCAAUGUCAGGGGCAGACUCCCAUGGGAAUCUGGAGAGCCCAAGAGCAGAGGCUCAGAAAGAUUCGGGCCGACGUCUCGCAUCGAAAAGCUUUAAUUCCACAAUACCAAAGAAACCACCUAAUCCACCAUCAGGAAUGCAGAGAAGACAGCUUGAGAAUCAGUUGCAUGUGAAGAAAAAUAAGUAUGCGACACUCAAGAAGGAGCUAAUGGAAAAACAGAAAACUGCAAUUGAAAUGUACGAGGACGUGGUGCAGCUACGAGAGAAGUUAAUCGCCGCUGGGGGAAAAGAUCCAGGGAGAAUCGACGCGAUUCAACUUCUCGGAGGACAGACACUGCACUCACCAGGAGGUGGUGAAAUGACUUUCGUCGUUGACUCAACAGUUACCAACGAGUUCGUCUCGAAUAUUCAGCUUCAAUUGGACGGUACAUCGAAGAAUCUCUUUGACGUCUGUCAAGACACAUUGACCAAGUACUCGAAAGUACUUCAUCGUUUGAUGAGCUCGAGAGAUCAAUCCCGAGAGGCAGAUGCAAUGCUCGAGCUCAAAGAGUUCGAAGUGGAUCACGAGAACUUGGUGACACGUCUAGAGGCAGCGAGAAAAGUCGAGGAUGAAUUGAGGAGCAAUGUGAUGGGCAAAGUAGCAAUUUUGUGGAGUGAAAUUGAAGCCUGUAGAAUAAGAAUUAAACAUCUGGAGAAUGCUGGGGAUGAUAUGGUCAAUCAAUUGCGGGCAAAGUUAAACAGCGAAGUGGAAAAGUUGAGAGAACUCAAAGAGAGAAAGAGUGCGGUUGAUGGGCAAUUACAGAAAGCUAAAUUGAGGAUUAAGGAGCUCGAGGGGAAGGUCGAGGAGGAAGAAACGAAAAUAUCUCAACUCCAGGGGAAUGUUAAGAACUUGGAGGGACAGUUGAAGCACAAGGAUAUUAAUGGGGAGCAGAGACUCCGGGAGGUACAGAAAUUAUUGAAAAACUCGGAAGCUACUGUUGUGAAAUUGGAGAAUCAACGGGAUAGUCUUGAGUCUCGAUUAAUUGAAUUGAAGAAAGACUUAUCCAACACUGAGCAGGUAGAGUUGCUGGAAAAAAUUAUUUAUCUCGAAGAGAAAUCGGAGAUUCUUGAGAAACAAUUGGAGACUUUGCAUCCUGAAUUAUCAACUUGUCAACAACGAGUGGAACACUUCGUAAACGAAAAGUUGAACAUUGAAAAUCAUUUUCAGACGAAGUUGGAAGAAAAAUCCAAUGAAAUAAAAGACUUGCAGCUGAAUAUUGAGACUUUGGAGAGAGAGAGAGAUUCAUUUAAGCAAAAGGUGAAAGAUCUGGAGUCUGCACCUCCAGUCGCUCCAACAUCGCCACGGCCUCAGUCGAAACAAUCAGCUAAUCCAGAGUCUGAGAACAUCAGCUACGGCUCUCUGGAGAUCCUGAAAGUAAAUGACGGCCUUCGAAGGAAUAUAACUGAUUUGAAGCGCACGCUUAAAGAAGUGGAAAGCGAAUUAAAUACACGGAGCACGCAAUUGCAACAAAAAGAGAAACUUCUUCGGGAGCAAGCCAAGCAAUUAAAGAUUCGUGACGAGAUGUUGGCUGUUAUGCAAGGAAACAGGGAUAAAGGAAAUCUCACUUCUCUCCAUAAGAGUGGUAAGGAUCUCGUAGGAAAAGCAAGUCUUGAGGAAUUAUACUCGACCCUCGAAGACAAACAAACGCAACUGGUGCAUUUGGAGAAGAUGGUUAAACAAAUGGAAGAUCAAGAGAAACGAGCUCAAGAGCAGAGAACACGUCAGGAAAAGCGAAUAGCUCAGUUAGAGCUUACAUUACAAAACAAGAAGAACGAAAAUCGGAAAAGGUUCGGCAUCCUGUAAGGGAUUUUCUGAGAAUAAUCAUCUUAGAGUGCAUACAUUUUUAUUCAUGUAUCUUUUUAAAAAGGUCUUCGUAUUCAAUAAA